ACCAACUUUAUUGCCCACAUAUGUUGUAAGAAAAAGUUGGCAACGCUACACAAGGCAGGACUGCUUGGAGUUGUAGCAGAUUUUGACAUUUUCUACUUCUGCUUGUUUAUCGUCGUUUAUGGUAAGCAUGUUUAUUUCCCGCUUCGAUGUUUCCAUCGGUAUUCGUUGAUUUGUGGUAAUGACAGCGGGCGAAGUUUGUUCGAGUUUGUUCAAAACGGAUUUUGGUCUUUUGUGAUGCGGUUGUGAAGCGCGGAUAAAUUAUAGAAAAGGUUUCCCAGUACUUAUCGUUGUCGGAAGCGGCGUUUAAUUUAAUUUAUUGAAAACAAUUAUGAAAACACAAUUUGUUGCAUAGCGUACUACAUAAAAUAAACAGUUUGCAUAUCAUGCGAUUCUAAUUAAGUGUUCUUAACAAGUGAAUUGUACAGCUGUUGCUGACAGAAUUUAUCCAAAAUUUUAAAGAUAUUGAAAAUGAAAUAAAGCAUAUUCUAUGCUAACUUAUUCAACUAUGUAUGUUGUUUGUUUAAAACCAAGUGUUUGUCGAUGUUAAGUUUAGUGUAGUGCAAUCCAAAUACAAUACAUAAAUGCAAUAAUAAUAAAAGUGAAGCCAUAAGUUAUUAGCAUUUAACGCGGUUCAGUUUAUAUCAGUUAUCAAGCGAAUCAAAUAGCCUUUGUAAAUGGUAAUGAACCUGAUGUGAAGGCUAAUCUACAAGCAGUCCAAAUAAUAACUACUAUCUCUGAAAUUAAUGAAAAAGUUGGCAACUAUACACGAUUUCAAGCAAAUCCGUAAUUUGCGUAUCGCCAAUUAACUAAGUGUAUGCGUGUGUGUGAGUGUAUUUGUGGAAGCCUAUGUUGUAUGCCUAAAAGCAAUGGCUACAGAGCCAUUUUUAGCUGCCGUCAGGACCACAACAACAACAACAACACAGACAAGAAAUUCAAAGGAUCUAACGCAUAAAACGCGAAUACAACAAAUUAAGCGGCAUGAAAAAGCCACCAAAACAAAAACAAAAGUGUCAUUAACAAAUGUUACAGUGCGCGCGAUAAGUGUGCCACACUGUAAAUAUAGUCCACAUACAAGCCUACAGUCAUUACAGCAGAACAGCAAAAUCAAAAAUGUGAAUGAAAUAAGUGCCAACAGGUGUCUACAGCGAAGAUGGCCAACGGCUGCGGUAAGCAGUUGUUGUUCUUGCCGUGAGAUCUUACAACACGCGAGCAAACGUGUGAGCAUCAGCCGUUUUCUGUUCUUAUCGCUUUUAAUUACCUGCUUUAUUGGUGAUAGUCUACAGAUAAAAAAUGGUCACAUAUCACCCGCAUUAUCCACAGCGUCUUCAACCGCCAUUUCUUCCUUUUCAUCGUCUUCCAUAUUGCCCAACGGUGCAAGUCCGUCGGCAUUUAUACCCUCAACACUGCUAUUCACCACAUAUCAUGACAUACAAGUCGCGAACAUUACACGACCGACUGGUAGUCCACAAAUCGAAGUCAUCGUCAAAGAUCUCACCGAAACGAUGGCCAUCGAUUUCUAUUAUGCACGCAAUCUAAUUUGUUGGGCUGAUUGUGGACGUGAGGUCAUUGAAUGCAUAAAUGUUAAUACUUCGGUGCCAUUGGUAAAGGCACCCAAACAAACUGUGAUAUCUGCGGGUCUCGAUAAACCCGAAGGACUUGCCAUCGAUUGGUAUACGGAUAAGUUGUAUUGGACGGAUGGUGAAAGAAAUCGCAUCGAAGUAGCAACGUUGGAUGGUAAAUAUCAGAAAGUGCUUUUUUGGACGGAUUUGGAUCAACCGCGCGCUAUUACGGUGGUACCUUCAAAACGCCUACUCAUUUGGACCGAUUGGGGUGAGUAUCCAAGAAUAGAGCGUGCCAGCAUGGACGGUGAUCCAUUGACGCGCAUGACAAUUGUUAAAGACAAUAUCUUUUGGCCGAAUGGCUUGGCGGUCGAUUUGAAGAAUGAUGUCGUGUAUUGGGCGGAUGGUCAUUUAAAGUUUAUCGAUGUAAUGAAAUUUGAUGGCAGCAAUCGUCGUACAGUUGUUGGUAAUUUGGAUUAUCCUUAUAGUGUAACGUACUUCAACAAUCGUCUGUUUUGGACCGAUUGGUCUAAGGGCGGCUCACUAAAUACUUUCGAUAUAAAAUCACGCGAGUUGCGUGAGCUCAUCGAUACACCGGAAGCUCCGAUUACCUUGCGCACUUGGGAUCCUUCACUACAACCGUUCGAGGAUAAUCCCUGCGUGCAUAAUAAUGGCAACUGCUCACAUAUAUGUUUGCUUUCAACCAAUGCAAAGGGUUACAGCUGCGCUUGUCCGACGGGUGUGCAAUUGGCUACAGAAACAACUUGUGCUAAUGGUUCGCGUGAAAUGCUAUUCAUCGUGCAACGCGGUCUGCUUAGCAAAAUUUCUUUGGAUAUGCCGGACUUUACAGUAUUUCCAUUGCCAUUGGGUAAAGUGAGAUACGCUAUUGCAAUCGACUAUGAUCCGGUUGAAGAGUAUAUUUAUUGGUCCGAUGUAGAGGCGUAUGCGAUACGUCGCGCACAUCCAGACGGCACAGCCAUACAAGAUUUUGUGACAUCCGAGGUGCGUCAUCCUGACGGUCUGGCGGUGGAUUGGCUCGCACGCAAUCUUUACUGGACUGACACCGUAACAGAUCGCGUGGAAGUAUGUCGUUUGGAUGGUUCAGCGCGUAAAGUACUUAUCUAUGAGGAUCUCGAAGAACCACGUGCCAUUGCGCUAGCGCCCUCGCUAGGUUGGAUGUUUUGGAGUGAUUGGAAUGAAAAGAAACCAAAGGUUGAGCGUGCAUCACUGGAUGGUUCCGAGCGUGUGGUGCUUGUAUCUGAAGAUCUUGGUUGGCCGAACGGUAUAGCUUUAGAUAUUGAAGCGAAAACAAUUUACUGGUGUGAUGGCAAAACCGAUAAAAUCGAAGUCGCCAACAUGGAUGGCUCUGAUAGACGUGUCGUCAUAAGUGACAAUCUCAAGCAUUUGUUUGGUUUGAGUUUGCUCGAUGACUAUCUUUACUGGACUGAUUGGCAACGCCGUGCCAUUGAUCGCGCACAUAAAAUAACUGGCAACAAUCGUAUAGUCGUCGUUGAUCAAUACCCAGAUCUUAUGGGACUGAAAGUGUCGCGUUUACGUGACGUUAAAGGCUCGAACGCAUGUGCGGUACGCAAUGGCGGCUGCUCACAGCUUUGCCUUAACCGUCCCAGUGACUACGUGUGCCGUUGUUCGAUCGAAUAUGAGUUGGCGAACGAUAAGAAGACAUGCGUCAUACCCGAGGCAUUUCUGCUAUUCUCACGGCAAGAGCACAUUGGACGCAUUUCGAUUGACAACAACGAAGGUAAUCACAAUGAUGAAAAGAUACCGUUUAAAGAUGUGCGCGAUACGUACGCUUUGGAUGUGGAUGUGGCAGACCGACGCAUCUAUUGGACGGAUCAGAAGUCAAAAUGUAUUUUUCGCGCAUUUCUAAAUGGUUCUUUCGUGCAACGCAUUAUUGAUACUGGUCUUAUAUGUCCCGAGGGCAUUGCCGUAGACUGGCUGGGGCAUAAUAUUUACUGGACCGACUCGGAAGCGCGGCGUAUUGAAGUUGCACGCUUAGAUGGCACCAGUCGACGCGUGCUACUUUGGAAGGGAGUAGAAGAGCCGCGUUCGUUGGUGUUGGAGCCCAAACGCGGUUAUAUGUAUUGGAUCGAAUCGCCUUCGGAUUCGAUUAGACGUGCCGGCAUGGAUGGCUCUGAAUUACAAACAAUUAUAUCGGGUGCGAAUCAUGCCACGGUGCUCACAUUGGAUCCAGAGACACGCCGUCUCUACUGGGCAACACAAUCGGGUCCGACUAAAAUCGAAUCUGCCGACUGGGAUGGCAAAAAGCGCCAGGUACUGAUCAACACAGAUGUCGACGAACCCUGUGCGAUGUCGCUAUAUCAAGACUAUGUCUAUUGGAGUGAUUGGAAUACGGGUGACAUAGAGCGUGUGCAUAAAAUAACUGGACAAAAUCGUAGUCUCGUGCACAGCGGCAUGACUUAUAUACGUUCGCUGUUAAUAUUCUAUGAAAAUCGCCAGUUGGGCACCAAUCCGUGCAAAAUCAACAAUGGCGGCUGUUCGCAUUUGUGUUUGGCGCAACCGACGCGUCGCGGCAUGGUGUGCGCCUGCCCAACACACUACACUUUGGCUAAAGACAACAUAUCCUGCCUGCCACCCAAAAACUACAUUGUCUAUAGUCAGCGUAACAGUUUCGGCCGGCUGAUGCCCAACACCAGCGAUUGUCCGAAUGUGCCGCUGCCCGUUGUGGGAAAGAAUAUACGCGCGGUGGAGUAUGAUCCAAUUUCGCAUAAUAUUUUUUGGGUCGAAGGUCGCAGCCAUAGCAUUAAACGCUCACUCGCCAACAGCAGCUACAUUAAGAUCUUAGUUGGUUCGGGUGCGCAGCCUUUCGAUAUUGCAAUUGACGUGAUUGGUCGUCUGCUCUUUUGGUCGUGCUCGUACGCAAACACCAUUAAUGUAACGCGAUUCGACGGCGACUCAAUCGGUGUCAUCGAUACUGGCGACUCGGAGAAGCCGCGCAACAUUGCCGUACACGCCAUGCGGCGUCUACUCUUCUGGACCGAUGUGGGCAGUCAGCAGGCCAUCAUACGUUCGCGCAUUGAUGGCGCUGAGCGUGUAGUGCUCGCCUUCAAGCUGGAAGGUGUAACAGCGCUUGCAGUGGAUCAACAAAGCGAUAUGGUCUACUAUGCGCAUGGCAAGCGCAUCGACUCCAUGGACAUAAAUGGCAAAAAUAAAAAAAUUCUCGUUUCCACGCAAAUCUCGCAAGUCAUCUCGCUUGCUGCGCUCCAGGGUUUCGUCUAUUGGUUGGAUGAUAAAACAGGUGUGGAGCGCAUAACCGUCAAUGGCGAUGGUCGGCGGCCGGAAAUACAACGUCUGCCACAAAUUACGGAUAUUGUCGCCGUUUGGACGCCAGAAUCGAAACUGUUUCGCAAUCAUACCUGUCUGCACAGUCGCACCAAAUGUUCACACAUAUGUAUCGCCUCAUCCGAGGGACGCGCGCGUGAUAUUUGCUCUUGUCCGAAAAGUCUCAUGUUGCUUGAGGAUAGACAAAACUGUGGCGCUUUGCCCGCCUGUGGACCAGAUCACUUCACCUGCGCGGCGCCUGUCAAGGGUGAUGGCUCCAGCAGUGAUACGAAUAAGGAUUGCAUACCGGCCUCGUGGCGCUGUGAUGGCCAGAGCGAUUGUCCUGACAAAUCAGAUGAAGUUGGCUGUCCCACAUGUCGACCGGAUUUGUUCAGUUGCCAGUCGGGUGAAUGUAUCGAUAAAGAUCUAGUUUGCGAUGGCACUACAAAUUGUGCGAAUGGACAUGACGAGGCGGACUGUUGCAAACGGCCAGGCGAAUUUCAGUGUCCCAGCAAUAAGGUUUGCAUUUCGGCUACACUAGUAUGUGACGGUUGGGAGAAUUGUGCCGAUGGCGCUGAUGAAUCUGCCGAAAUGUGCUUGCAACCGAAUACACGCGCCAUGGCGCCUGCAUCUGAUAAGAAAGCCUUUAUGAUACUGAUCUUUGCCACCAUCGUCAUUAUAUUCUCCAUAGUCUAUUUGCUACAGGUUUGUCGCACUAGAAUCGGCAAAAGUCGCAAUGAACCCAAAGAUGAUCAGGCAUCUGAUCCACUCUCACCCUCUACACUGUCGAAAUCACAACGCGUUUCGAAAAUCGCCUCGGUUGCCGACGCAAUGCGCAUGUCCACGUUAAAUUCACGCAACAGCAUCAACUCGUAUGAUCGCAAUCACAUCACAGGCGCCUCCAGUUCAACAACAAAUGGCAGCAGCAUGGGCGCUUAUCCGAUUAAUCCGCCACCCUCACCAGCGACACGCUCACGUCGCCCUUAUCGUCAUUAUCGCAUUAUAAAUCAACCACCACCGCCAACACCCUGUUCCACAGACAUCUGCGACGAGUCCGAUUCGAAUUACACCAGCAAAUCGAAUAGCAACAAUAGCAAUGGUGCCACGAAAAUUUCCUCAUCGUCGAUGGUAAUUUGCAUGCAAUAUCAGUAUGAUAGUGAGCCAUAUCCACCACCGCCGACGCCGCGCUCGCACUAUCACAGCGAUGUGCGAAUAGUGCCGGAGUCAUCGUGUCCGCCAUCACCGUCGUCGCGUUCGUCAACAUAUUUCUCACCGUUGCCGCCGCCACCAUCGCCAGUGCAAUCGCCCAGCCGUGGUUUCACGUAACAUUUUGAGAUUUACUUGUAAAAAAUAGUAUUAAGGUUAAGUGCGCAUGUGGUGUGCAUAAGUGUCAGUGUGUGUGUGUCAGUUUUUUUUGUUUAUUAAAAUCGCGUUUAAACCUAUGUAUAACGGUUUAAAGCAGAUAUUUGUGUAUUGUUGUGUGUUUGCGCAUAGUUUUCCAUAUUAAUAUGCGUUAGUUUGUUUUAAAAUGUAACUUAGUUUAAUGCCAAUUGCAAUGACGUAACGUUCAUAUCAUGAAAAAAAUGCUUCCGUUUACUUAUACCGUUACUUUUAACGUUUAUUCAUUAGUCCUAAGCGUAGAUAACUUUAAAUUAGUAUGUUUGUGUGCAUAUAAAUACGAUACCAAGCUAGAUAUACUGUAUAAUUAUAUAUAUUGCUCUAUAUUAUAUACUUGCAACUAUCUACCAGCUAUGUAUUGACCCUUGACCUGCGUCGAAAUACCAAACUUUUUAAUUUUCCUUACAAUAUUCUUUAUCGGCUCUUAGUUCAAAAACAAAAAAGUAAAUUCGAGUAGUAAUUUUGGGAGUGUUACAGUAACGGCAGUUUUUUUUUAUAAAGUUUAUUACUACAAUUCAGCAUUUUUUGUUUUUUGAAUUUGAGAUUAUCAUUCAGCAGAUUUUUGUUUUUAAUUAAUGUCAUCAUUCAGCAUUUUUUUCUUUUGAACUUUAUGUUAACAUUCAGAAUUUUGUUUUUUGAGUUUGAGGCUAUUCAGCAUUUGUUAUUUUUUGAUAUGAAGUUAUCAUUCAGCAUUUUUUGUUUUUUAAUUGAAGUUAUCAUUCAGCAGUUUUUUUUAAUAAAAGUUAUCAUCAAGCUUUAUUUUUUGAAUUUGAUGUUAUUAAGCAUUUUUUGUUUUUUGUUUUUCUUUUGAAUUUGAGGUUAUCAUUCAGCGGUUUUUUUUUCGAAUUUGUGGUUUUCACAAAUAGUUGAAACCCACGCAUUCAUUAUAUACUCGGUAUUAUUUUUGCUCCAUACACUACUUAAAUUUCCGUAAGAUCUCAAAAUUGCUUACUACUCCAUAUUUGUAUUUCAAUAGUAUUUAAAAAAAAAACUUAUUUUUAAUAAAAUAUUAGUGAUUUCAAAAAAAGUUAUUAUUUAUUAAAAUAAAAAAUUAAACUAUUGCAAUCGACAACAUUUAUUAAAAUUAAUUUUCUUAAUAAAUUUAAUUUUUUCUUAUUUGAAGCAAAAAUUUGAAAUGCAAAUAAAGAAAAAUAUGUAAUUUUUUUUUCAAAAAUUAAUGAUUUCUAAACAACAAAUUUUAAAUAUUGCAAAUUGAAAUAAAUUAUUUUUUAUUAAAUAAAAUUUUUUUUAUUAAAUAAAUUUUUUUUUUAUUAAAACAAAAAAUUUUAAUACAAAUUAAUAAAAAAGUUUUGUUUAAAUUAACAAAUAUUGGUUUGCAUAAACAAAAAAUAAUAAUAAUAAAUAAAUUAAAUAAAAACUUAAACAAUUGCAAGCAACAUGUCUUCGAAAAUAUUUAAUUUAAAUACGUAAAAAAUGUGCCAAAUUUUUCCUAAUAGUGUGUAUUGAAAAUGUUUAUUAACAAAAAUACUAAAGUGAAUUAAGACUUUCGAAAAUUAAUGUUAAACAUACUUCAAAAUACAAUUUUUUGUAAAAAGUAAAAUGUCAAUAUUCAUUUAAAUAAUUAUGUGUUGCGCAGCCUCAGCGCUUAUUGCUGUAUUGAGGUCAUUGAAGCAAGUAUUAAAAGUAUUUUGGAAAAUGUUUUUCGAGUGAAGUUCGGAAUUACGAGUAUUUACAUAUAUAUAUGUAUGUAUGUAUCUCUGUUAACAGCAAUAAUGCACAAGUAUUGUACUAACGUGUGCAGUAACAAUAAUAUGGAGCCACCAAAAUUUCCAUAUCAGCGGCUUUGUUAUUGUUGUUGUUUUAAGUGUUAGUUGAGUUCUCACUGGUUUCCAAAAUCAUAUCAUCACUUACAAAAAAAUAUAAAAAAUAUAUACACAUAUAAAAAAGGUUGAGUUAUCACUGGUUUCCAAAAUCAUAUCAUCACUUACAAAAAAAAAAAUAUAUAUAAACAAAGGUUGCGUUCUCACUUACAAAAAAUAUAUA